UUAUUUAUUUAUGCUUCUACUUUCUGAUUUCCAUUAUAAAGACUGUAGCUUUCUGGUCCUGGUUCUGCCAGUCUGCAUGGGCUUGCUCUCAGCUAUUUUGUGUUCAAGUCUCAGUAUUCACAUUGUUGAUUCUUCCAAAAUGCCGUGUGAGCGUUAACAUCUGAACAGUUGUUCUGUUUUCAUGACUGGGUGCCUGGUAGCAUGGGUUUGCCAACAAGCUGUAAUGGCAAUUUCUGCAGAGCUUUAGUAGCCUUAGAUUAGGAUAAACUUCGUUGUUCUUUGCAGUUGGGAGAGUUUCCAAUUAAGCUGGCACAUAUGAGUUACAGAGCUUUAAAAAAGAAGAAAUAUUUUUAGGAGAGUAAUUUUGCCAGCUUCUUAGGAGCAUGAGUGAACUGCGAUUCUUAAAACUCGUAAUUUCUUUCAUGUUUAUGUAGAUUAUAGCUGAGGAGGGAAAUUUUUGAGAGGACAGAAGACAAGCUUUGAUACAGGAAUAACCCUCCUGCUCAAUUUUCACAUUGUUUCUAAAAGCAGAAGUUUUACAGAUCAGUGAGGAUUUUUGAAAGAUCACUUAUAGUAUACUAUGUGCAUCCACAGCCUUGUUCUUGAAAAGUUGGGGUUUUUUUUAAUUUUUGUUGACUCUCUACAGAAAAAUUCAACCUGAAGAAGGCAACCUAACAACUGAGAAAUUUCUUUUAAGUAAUUUAUCUACUGCAGUUACAAGAAGCAAGAAACAGUAUUGUAAGGGGAAGAUUAACUCUGAGCGCUGCUGUUAACUCCAGCUGUUAUUUAUAGUAAUUGCUAUUUGGAUUUUCGCCUCUACAAAGACUAUCUUGUUAAUUAACAAAAUGUGGGAAAAGUCCAGAUGAGAAAGCCCAGUUACUAGAUGACACAAUGCGGAGUCAGGAAAAAAAGGGGUCAGGACCAGUUGUUCCCAAGAGUGCGUGGCUGAAGCCAUAUGAUCUUAUCAACACAUUUGAGAGCCCUACCCAAACGCUGAGAGAGAUUUUGCUGCAGCAAUGACUGUCAUAGAAGAAAAUCGCCCUUUUGCCCAGCAGCUAUCCAAUGUCUACUUUACUAUACUUUCACUUUUUUGUUUUAAACUUUUUGUGAAGAUCAGCCUUGCUAUACUUAGUCAUUUCUACAUUGUGAAAGGAAACCGUAAGGAAGCAGCAAGGAUAGCUGCUGAAUUUUACGGAGUUCCUCAAGGACAAGGUUCUUGGGCAGAUCGCUCACCUCUGCAUGAGGCAGCCAGUCAAGGACGUCUUCUUUCUCUAAAGACUUUAUUGUCACAGGGGUACAAUGUAGACACACUAACAAUUGACCAAGUAACUCCACUUCAUGAAGCCUGCCUGGGAGAUCAUGUAGGAUGUGCAAGAAUCCUUCUUGAAGCAGGAGCAAAUGUAAAUGCUACAACAAUUGAUGGAGUGACACCUUUAUUUAAUGCAUGUUCAAGAGGCAGUGCGGCAUGUGCUGAGCUCCUGUUAGAGUAUGGUGCCAAAGCUCAGUGGGAGUCCUGUCUUCCAUCACCAACUCAUGAAGCAGCCAGCAGAGGUCACAGUGAAUGUCUGGAGGUACUGAUAUCCUGGGGUAUAGAUGUUGACCAAGAUCUUCCUCAUUUAGGAACACCUCUGUAUGUAGCAUGUGUUUCACAGCAGAUCCAUUGUAUUCGAAAGCUUCUUUAUGCAGGUGCCAAUGUGCAGAAAGGAAAACAUUUGGAAACUCCACUCCAUGCUGCUGCCCAGCAUUCUAGUACAGAGAUCGUAAACUUACUCCUUGAAUUUGGGGCAGACAUAAAUGCCAAAAAUACAGAUUUUGAGAGGCCUGUUGAUAUAGCAGCUCCAAGCAGUUUAGUGGAGAGACUGCUGCUCCUCCAUGAAGCCACACCAUCUUCUCUUUGUCAGCUCUGCCGACUAUGUAUCCGAAAUUACAUAGGAAGAGCUAGACUGCAUCUUGUCCCACAACUCCAGCUGCCAACAAUACUGAAGAAUUUCUUACAGUAUAGAUAACAUAGUAAUUAACCUUUAGAAACUUGAAUAACAAGUACUUUUUCUUCUUUCUGUUUAUUGUACGUUUUAUCUAAAGAACUGCUGGGCGGAAGAAAAGCCUUUUGCAUAUUACUUAAAAAAAUAUAUAUCUUUGACACCUGGUGUUGGUAUAUAAUAAUAAUUGGGAGCCAUUCAGCAACUGGUACCAAGGUGCUAAUAAGGCUGAAUUGAAUUAGUGUGCUGAUACUCUGGGAAAUGAUUGUAUAGCUUUAGCUUAACACUUACUAAAUAGCUUUAGUGCUGUUAAUUUUAAUUGUAUUUAUACUUUUAAAAGUUGUUUGACACACCUGAACCACAAAGAGUUUCUUCAUUAUUACUUGUUAAGUUUGUCCAUUUAGAGUCAUUAUUUUAUGUGUUUCUAAAUUUCUAUUUUUUGUGUACCUAAAAAUACUUGGCGAUAGGUGCACUAUAUACAUUGGUAAAAAUAAAGCAAAUAGAUGCCCAUU